AUGACCGCACCAACUAGCGGUACUGCAGUAGUGUGUGGUUAUGAUAUUCGCAAAGAUAUGCCCAAAGCUAGAAAGCAUUUAGGCCUUUGCCCCCAGCACGACAUUUUGUUUAACGCGCUAACCGUAGAAGAACAUAUGCAAGUAUAUACGCCCGACACAGGUAAUUAUUUAGUUAAGGCGCAGUUUAUCAAAGAAGAAGUUAAAGAAAUGUUGCAAAGUUUACGCUUAGAAGAUAAGAAAGACGUAUUCCCAGUAAAACUCUCUGGUGGGAUGAGGCGAAGGCUGUGUGCCGGUUUGGCUCUUAUAGGCGGCUCUAAGCUUGUCAUAUUUGAUGAACCCACGGCUGGAAUAGACCCCGCAGCUAGAAGAGUUCUUUGGGACCUCUUGCUUAAUUACGUUGACAUGGGAAAUGUGAUUCUUUUAACGUCUCACUCGAACUUCACAAAAGCAAAUAUUGGAAGACUGCAAGAACUAACUCCACUGGGAGAUCCACCUGAAGGUCUAUAUAUUGCUACUCCAUCAAAAGAGUGGCCCAAUAUUAGAAGGUCAUUAGGGAACAACAGUAAACCGGGGCUCUUACCAAAAAAAGAGAAAGCGAAUACGUACAAGUUGACUGACGAAGAAAAGGGACUAAGCGUAAAGCUUCUUCCUGAAGACUCUGAGUACCCUAUGUACAGUAGGACGGGUAUUUUUGUAGCUUAA